AUGUCGUGGCCAUACCAGUUCUUGGACCUCACAUCCGCCGAGAAGCAAGAGCGCCGUCUCGCCUUGGAUCGCUAUGCUGCCCUCGCCCAACUCUCGGCACUUCUGCCGGUGGUGGUCUUUCUGCUGCUGCGUGUUGGCAGCUGGGUUGUAGGAAGACUUUCCUCGCGAGGCGUUGCCUACGACGCUGUUCCCAACUCCCCUGCUGCAAAGCAUGAGGAGGCGAGGACGUCAGCCUCGCUAUCAGCAAGAGCCAGGAGACUGGUUUGGUGGCUGACCGACGACUUUGUCUUGUUCAGACAGAACUGGGGUCGUAGAGACCAGUUGCUUUUCGGAGCUGCCUGGACACUAUGGCUCCUAUUCCUCUGUGUUCACGGAACUGGAAAUGACUAUUUUCAUCUCACCAAAAGGUUUGGUGCCAUCGCAGCAGCACAGUUUCCCGUGCAAUAUCUUUUAGCCCUCAAAUACCUGAACCCUGUUGCUUUCGCUUUCCGGUCGUCUCAUGAGGAGGUCAACAGAUGGCAUCGAGCCUUGGGGCGCAUCAUCUACAUUCUGCUCUGCCUGCACGGGAUGUUCUACCUCAACUACUAUGUUCAGAGUGGGGUUCUUACCCAACGUCUGCUAUCGUCUCUGGUAGUGAUCCUAGGUGUCAGCUCCUUGUUUGGUAUGACGCUUCUGAAUACGACGGCACUAUCCAUGGUACGACAGUACUCUUAUCGGGUUUUCUUCAUCACACACCUGCUGGUCGCCUUAGCACUGCCGCCCGCCAUUUUCUUUCACGUACGACACGCCAGAGUCUACAUGAUUGAGUCGCUAGUCUUUUUUAUCCUGGACCUCGCACUGCGUAAGAUGCAUACAGCCAUGGCCGAAGCUACCUUGGAGCUCAUCCCCGGUACCAACCUCAUCAAGAUCGUUAGCAAGGUCCCACAGCGCUUCGCCGCGAGAUUCGACUUCCCUGGCUCCCAUGUCUACCUUAGCAUCCCGGCAGCGUCCAGGCCGAUUUCUAAUCGUGCGUCGCCGUCGCAUAUGCUCUAUGAAUUCCUGUUCAACCCAUUCACGGUCGCGUCGAUAAAUGAGGAGACACACGAGCUUACUCUAGUAGCUCGCCAGCUAAAAGGCCCCAUGACGCAAACGUUGGGGAGUCUUGCCAACUCUUGGGCCUCGGGAACUAAAAUCCCCCUGACUAUUGAAGGCCCUUACGGUAUUUCCAGAUACUUCCCUAGCUUUGCUAGAAUCCAGACCGAUAGGGUAUUACUGGUUGCGGGAGGUGUUGGGGCAACUUUUAUCGUGCCGAUCUAUCAACAAAUCAUUGGAGAGAACCCAGCUGCCCAUGUCGACAUGAUAUGGGCUGUCCGAGAAGCUGGAGAAGCAACUUGGACUUCCUCUGGCCUAGAGAAGACCGUUCUCGAUGAUGAGAGAAUCCAGCUUUUCCUCACAGGUAACGUGUUUGACUCCGAUGCGGGAACCGGGAGUUCCAGUGCUGUGAAUGGGGAGAUUGAACUUGAGAAUAUAAGAAGUGAUCGAAGACGCAGUAAGCGCUCCCCAGGGAAUGACCACAAGCGGCCAGACCUACAGCAGGUUGUCAAUCGAGUCUUCAGGCAAGGGCACGCAGAUCGAGUUGCCGUCCUUGUAUGUGGACCAGAUAGCAUGGCCAGGGAGCUCAGGCAAUACGUCGGAGUCUGGGUCAAGAAAGGCAGGAACGUAUAUUUUCACAACGAAAACUUCUCUUGGUAG